CUGAUCGAGAACAAAUGGAAAAUCUUGAAAAGAGAAACUCUGUUCUAGAACGAGAUGAGAUUGGAAAUGCCGAAAAAACAUCAUCACUAGAAAGAAAAAGUUUGUAUGAUCAAUAUGUCAAAACCAUGCGACAGAUUGAACAAUGUGCAAAUAAAGUUACAAUUGCUCUUAAAAAGAAAAAUAAACGAAUUGCACGUCUUCAAGCAGAAAUUGCUGAGUUAGAGAGUAUUGUUAACGAGCCACCGCCAGAAGUCAAUAUGAGCGGUAUUCAACGACAAUUG